CUGAAGACAGAUUGUAUUUCGCCAUCGAAGUUGUUCAUAUUCGUACUCCCUGUACGCUUCAUUCUUUUCUCAACAGGCUAUCACACAGGAAGAUCUUCGACUUCGAUAACUGUCAUUAUGUCGUCGCCGAGUCCUGGGAAGCGGAGAAUGGACACUGAUGUAGUUAAACUAAUCGAAAGCAAGCAUGAUGUGACUAUCUUAGGAGGACUCAACGAAUUCGUGGUGAAAUUCUUUGGGCCUUCCGGCACUCCAUAUGAGGGAGGUGUCUGGAAAGUUAGAGUAGACCUUCCAGAGAAAUACCCCUUCAAAUCACCUUCCAUUGGAUUCCUGAAUAGGAUAUUCCAUCCAAAUAUCGAUGAAGUCUCUGGGACAGUCUGCUUAGAUGUCAUAAACCAAGCCUGGACUGCUUUGUAUGAUCUCUCCAACAUCUUCGAGUGUUUCUUACCCCAGUUGCUGACAUAUCCAAAUCCAAUAGACCCAUUAAAUGGCGAUGCGGCAGGCAUGUACCUACAUAAACCAGAAGAUUACAAGAAAAAAGUAAAAGAAUACGUGAACAAAUAUGCAACGGAGGAGGCGCUAAGAAACCAUGAGGAGGUGUCGUCGUCGGAGAGCAGCAUCAGCGACUUCAGCGAGGAUGAGACGCAGGACAUGGAGCUCUAACCCCGGUGCAGCGCCCGUGUACGCGGCGGCCAUCUUGUAGAUAGAGGACUGCGCUCUCCCGCGGGCGGGACUGGUAGCAUCCGUGAGAAGGCGGUGGGUGCGACGCGUGCGACUCCCGGUGACGCGCCACGACGCGUGCGCGUGCACGAGAGAGAGAAAGAGAGAGAGAGAGAGAGAGCACAGAGCGUCUGCAGGCGGCAACGUUGCCGCGGCGACGUGCGGCUGGUGCCUUCGCCGUCGACCGCCACGCCGCGAUUGCGACGACGAGGAGCGGAGUUUACGCGUCCAGAUGCAGGCAGAGGCGGCGUCGCCAUGGCGCUGACGUCAUCGCCGAUCGCACGCUCGCUGGCGCCACCUAGACAGUCUGUCAUGUUCGUUGACAAUGGAGGCGGCGAGAUGUGUGUGACGCGGAGUGAGGGUUCCGUCACCUGCAUGCGUGACACGCUGCACUGGCGCCACCUCGUGGUUACGCCGUAAUUGCUGUAGCGGCUACGUGGUGGCAGCCCCUGUGUCUGUCAUUACAUGAUUACACAAACCUUUGCAGUGCAUUUCAAAUUGUCUCAACUCCUAAAUGCCAUGUCACUACACAUGUCACAGGUUUUGUGUGCUUGUAUAUAUGCAUAUACAUAAUUAUAUAUACAAUACAUGUAUAUAUAUAUAUAUAUAUGUAUGUGUGUAUAUAUACAUAUAUAUGCAUAUGAAUGUAGUUGGGCAAUUAUGCAUGAUUGAGUGUAGGCUAGGAUGGCACCUUUGUGCACCCACAUCCCAAACACAAUGAUGUGAUCACUGCAUUGUUACUAGACCUAAGCCAACCCAUCCUAGACAUGCAGCUGUGUCAUACAUUCACGGGGUGUCCAUCUGCACACUGGCUCUCCAAUGUGAGAGCGUAUUAUAGAUGAGAAUAGUGACCUUCUGUCACUGUAAUUGGGUGUCCUCGGCUGUCAACACAACCGUGAACUGGAGGUGAGGUGCAUGUGUGUCUGUAUGCAUGCUGCGUGUGGUUGGUGGUGGUGCUGCCGUGUAUGCAUGUGGUAUGCACGUAUGUGGGUGGGUGGAUGCAUGAGCUUGUAUGGAUGUUGACGUGUGGAUGCGUGCGUGUGAUUACAUGUUUACAGUGUCUUGUAAUGGAUAUGCUGCUCGAAAAAGCAGAGCCAUGGAAACGGUGGAUUGUAGCAGGCAAAUUUUUUGUGAGAUUAUGAGAUUCAUAGCCACGAAAUCGGGGAUUUUUCUUGGCAAGGAAGUAGGGAUUUGUCAUGGCUGCAUCGGUGAAUGGUAGGAGUCACAACAUUUCAUGCAAACCAAUCAAAGCGUGGCAUUCCUUAAUGCUCCAUGCGUGAUCCCAUGUAACAUGUCACCGUAGUGUGCGUGAUUCCACGUAACAUGUCACCAUAGCAUGCGUGAUCCCAUGUAACAUGUCACCAUAGCAUGUGUGAUUCCAUGUAACAUGUCACCAUAGUGUGCGUGAUUCCAUGUAACAUGUCACUGUAGUGUGCGUGAUUCCAUGUCACAUGUCACCAUAGCAUGCGUGAUCCCAUGUAACAUGUCACUGUAGUGUGCGUGAUUCCAUGUAACAUGUCACUGUAGUGUGUGUGAUUCCAUGUAACUCUUUGCUUGUAAAGAUUGGCACUAUCGCGGGCACUCAUUAUUUGGGCAAACGCUGGACUCGCCCAUGUGACAACUCUGAAGGCAAGCGUGUAUUAGUGGGAUCCAUACUGCGCUACUUUUCUGUGGCUGUUAGUGUUGUUUGUAGGCGUGUGAGAGCAUUUUUACUGGUGCACGUACGUAUAGAUUCGUACCGUCGAGUCGUCACCUUCAUCCAAGGAGAGAGAUGCUACCUUUCUGGCUUUGCACUGUUUAAAGAAUUUCCCUAAAAGCGUUUUAUGUUUUGUACAUUUAUUAUAUAAUAUAAAAAGUUUUUAUUAUGUGUUACCUAGCAGGAUUUUUUUCUUUUGGGGCAGAAAUUAGCUGCUAGCCAAUAGUGUACAUACAGGUGAGUGGAAUAUCCUUAAUGUUCACUCACUACCGUGUUAGUGAAUAGAGUGAACAACUUUACGUGUUUUGUUCACGCAGUAGCAUGGAAAAUUUUUAUUCCUAGAAUGGAUUUUAUCUGCGCAUGCAGUAUCAGUAAAGUUUUAUGUCGGUGUGGUACAUAUGUGUAUGUAGCUAGAUUUAAAGGUAAACUGUUUUCACAGCAGAGUUAUAAUUUAAGUUAUUCGAUGUGUUUUUAGUAUCGUGUUUUGUCUUGAUAGUGAAGGCGUGCGAGGGAAUGAUGGUUAGCCCUCAUUCUUGUUGUUCAUAAGUCGCUGUUUUAACGACCACUUCGUGCAUAUUGCGUUGCUAGCAGGUUGCCUGAUCAGUGGAUGUGUUUGUUUGCGUGAGUCACCGUAAUAAAACAAACCCCAAAACGUAAGUUCUCACGAUGUAAGAAAUGUAAUAGUAAUAAAGUAAUGUUACUCGCAUUUCACACCAAAAUACAGUGCUUCUCUGGUUCGUGAUGCAAGAUGGACGAAACAUUGCGUGAGGGGUGAAGUGAAGAGACACGUAGGCACACGAGUGAACGUGGCGUGGCCUGCGCUGUCAACAUUAGUGCCGUCAGUUAGCUGCACAUUAGGCAGGUAUCUCUUGUGAGCAUCACCGUCCAUGACUCGUCCCUCACCGGGUGAGACAGGUUUUCCUACCUUUGUUAUCACAGACGGUGUGAGUGCAGGGGAAACACCAGAAUUGCAAACAAAUACAUCCGGGCAAGAUAGACUACACGAUGUUGGAAGUGAGAGGAGAGCUAGCACAGACUGUGAGUGUAGAGCCUGGUUAAGAGACACACGUCAGCAGCGUAUGUGUAUGAGGGGGGCUUCUUUAUCGGUGAAGAUUGUAAAAACAGAUAUGUUCAAGGCUUCGUUUGUUUCUGUGAUGUUCAGUUGCUUUGUUUGUACAAAAUAUUACGUAAUAUUUUAUGGUGUCAGCGACAUGGGUAGCGUGCGUUGUUCUUUCGAAUUCCUGAUGACGAUUCUUGGCAGCACGUGGUAACAUUUCUUGCGCAGUAACAAUUGUGUAAAACUCACAGCAUCGAUUCUAAUCUUGUACUCGAUGAAACUGUGAGCUGCCAUAUUUCCGAGGGAGUGUACGGUUUUACGCGGUCGCCCGGCCCUUCGCGAGGGCACGUGACACUGACUCAUGAAUGCUUACUGUGAACAGCCAGAGCUUACCAUCCAUAGAGCUGCACUAGAAAUCGUCCAGUAAUAUCGUUGAUUUUAGGCAUUUUUAUGUACCACAUGUAUAUGACAGUGCAUGUAUGUGACCAUUUACAGAAUGGAAUAAAGUUCAGUGCUGAAUACCUAA